AGCUGCACAUUCAGUCAUCUAAGAGGGAAGACAGCAGCUGACAACAAUUACCAAGUUCAUAGUAAACCUGCUUGGUUUGGAUCUAUUUGUUUUUCCAUCCUGAAAUGAAGAACUUCAUUGUUUCAGUAGCAGUGGCCGUCAUGCUCACAAUUGUGUGUCUGCAGGAGAGCUCUGCUGCUCCAUCCACAGAGGAACACAAGCAGGUGGAGGAAACUAUGGAUGGCGGUCCAGUUGCUGUGUAUGAGGAGAUCUCAGAAGGAUCAAGGAUGAUGUCAUACGGCUCGGUCCAGAGGCAGCGCCGCUGCCGUUUCUGCUGCAGCUGCUGUCCCAACAUGACGACCUGUGGCGUGUGUUGCAGGUUCGGAAAAGAGCAGCAACAUCUUUGAGUUUUAACAACAAAAGAAAUCAUGCUUCUCUACCUGCUAAAAUACAAUUGUUGCCAUAUUUCUAUGUUGGUUGUAAUUCCUUUAAGAUGUUGGCAUCAAAUUUGUUCUGUUUGCAUCAUCCCAAGACUUUGUUAAACACCUUCAGACACUCCAGUGUGUCAUCGUGUUUCUUUUGACCCUUAAUAAAAUUCACUGAGCAAUGCA